CCGUAGAAAGGUAUUUCUCUCAAAGAUGGCCGCCAUCAGGAGCGGGGUGACUCCGGGUCGCUUAGCGAGACGUUUCCUGAGUCCGAGUGGAAAACCGAGCCGAGGCAGCCAUCCCCUUUCAGACAUUUGGAAACACCGGUUGCUCCAGAACUCCCAUCUGCACACACCUUCUGAGGGAUGCAGCCCCGCCACCAGGACUCUGCUGGGCCGCAGACCCCAUGGGAAGUUCCUGUGGGUGAACGUCGUGGCGGUCAGACACAACAGCUCACAGGUCCCGCCUGAGGAUGGAACCAGAGCAGCUCCGGGCCUGGAGUCCUCCUCCUUCUCUCCCCCUGCUGACCCGACCCCGGUCAUCACACAACCCAUCACUGAACAGAUUGCGGUUGAACCCGUUUCCAUGGCUACACCAUUGGUGGACCUCUCCUCCCCUCUCUUGAAUUCCUCCCCUGAGCUUUUAUCCGCUGACCCCGCCGCUGUUUUGUCGCAGCCAGCCAUUGAGCAGAUGAUGGACGCUGCACCGACUGCAGUGGAGGUCUUCCAGGCUGCGGCUACAGAAACCAGUUUAGCGGAGCUGGGACUGGCCGGCUACACACCAGUGGGGCUGAUCCAGAACCUGUUAGAGUUCAUGCACGUGGAUCUUGGUUUGCCCUGGUGGGGGGCCAUUGUUGUCGGAACGGUGUUGGCUCGGAUGGCUGUGUUUCCGGUCAUCGUGAAGGGCCAGAGGGAAGCAGCCAAGCUGAACAAUGUUAUGCCCGAGAUGAGCAAACUCACCGCCAGGAUGAACGAGGCCAAACAGAGUGGAAACAAAUUUGAUUUUGCCAAAGCCUACUCUGAACUGAACCUUUUCCAGAAGAAGCAUGAUGUAAAUCCUCUCCGUGGCUUCCUUAUUCCUGUGGUGCAGGCACCAGUGUUCAUCUCUUUCUUCAUCGCGCUGAGGAAGAUGGCCUACCUGCCGGUCCCCAGCUUGCAGACCGGAGGCCUGCUCUGGUUCACAGACCUGACGGCAGCAGAUCCUUUUUAUAUUCUGCCUCUGGCCGUCACUGGAACUAUGUUCUUCAUCCUGGAGUUGGGUGCAGAGUCCGGUAUCGACAACCCAAACCUGCGAGCCAUGAAGACCGUGUUCAGGAUCAUGCCCUUAAUCAUCCUCCCCCUCACCAUCAACUUCCCCACGGCGGUGUUUACGUACUGGCUGACGUCCAACGUCUUCUCCUUGGGUCAAGUCGCCCUGCUCAGACACCCGUUGGUCAGAAACAAGUUGAAGAUCCCCGAGAGGAUCAAACACAAGGCCUCUGACCUUCCCCAAAACGACGGCCUGAUAGAAAGCAUGAAGAAAGGCUGGAAAAAUGCUCAGCUGGCCCAACAGCUGGAAGAGAGAGAAAGAAGAAUCAAAAAUCACCUGGACCUCGCUGCUAAAGGUCCACUGAGGCAGACUUUUACCCAGAAUCCCCUGCAGCAGAACUCCCCCAUCAGUGCAACGUCACCUAAGAACAAGCCGCCUAGUGGCAAGGCGAGGCCAUGGAAGGACACUAUUGGAUAAAUCACACUGAUGGCACAACAAUACAAUGAUAUGCACAUAUUUAUGGAUGGAAGAGAAGACGUGGUGGGAAAGGGAUUGUCAUUAUGGAUACUUCUGAUUAAAAUGUCAAAUCUGCA